AUGUUGGGCAUCAGACCACUUGCACAAGCGUCUCGAAUGGGGCUUGUGAGCAGACACAUCCAAUUGUCCAGGUAUACGCCCAAAUUAUUCCCAUCGUCAACACUUCCACCACGAUACCUAGUUUCUCCUCUUUGGGCAGCUAUACCUAGAGCUUACUCCACGAAGACAGCGCCACCUCCACCUCCACCACCCAAGAGUGACAAAAACGCACGCGGGAAAGCACUUUUUUCGAAGAUCACCCGUUUCUUCACAUUUUCGGCCGCCACCGGAAUGGUCAUUGGCGCUGUGGCUGUCUCUGGCCUUGUUAUAUACCUCAUUUUACUGGAGCUUUUCUUGCCCUCUGGCGAUACAAGAACAUUCAAUAAAGCGUUGAAGGAGGUGGAGAAUAGCGCAUCUGCACAACAGGCGCUCGGCUUCAGUCCUGGCGAUAGGCUCAAGGCAUACGGAGAGGCUGCGGGAGACAGAUGGACCAGAAACAGACCUGCGCAGAGCACAAAGAGGAGAGGUCCAGAUGGUAAAGACAGAAUGGUAAUGCGGUUCCAUGUCGUGAGUCCGAGAGGCCGCCACGCCAGCGUGAUCCUCGAGCAGAUCGACACCUCGUGGUGGAGCUCGGAGUUUUCGUACAUUGCGCUUGAGUUGCCCAAUCGCAAGCUUGUGUAUGUCAUUGAGCCCAAGUUUCUGCCCAAGAACUUUGCUCCUCGUGGUGCUGGCUUUGGCAAAGGAACGGGCUUUUUGGGCUUGAACUGGGGGCCAAAGAAGGACUAG